AUAUAAUAUGUUCAAAAGUACCUAAAAAUAUGGCAUGAAAAAUGUUGAAAUUUUUGUGUGUUCUGGUAGGCAUAAUUGCCUUUACAAAUGGAUCAAAUUCCGAUCUUCCCGCUGUGACUCAAAUAACUGAACCGGUUGACUUGGCGGAAGGCCCAAUUUGGGACGGACGUAAAAACAUCUUAUUCUACGUUGACAUUCUUACUGGAAGAGUUUUCAGCUACAAUUACAACACCAGAGAAGUCAAUCAUGUAACUUUGAAUGGAGAAGUCACUCCGGUGAUACUGACACUUGAUGAAAAUUUAUUGCUAGUUGGAUUGAAUAGGGAUUUGGUUGCUUUAGAAUGGGAUGGAACCAAUGAACUAGUGCAAACAAAAGUAAUUUCAACUGUAUCCCAGCAAUUUCCGGGAAGCAGGUUUAAUGAUGGAAAAGCUGACAAAAAGGGAAGAUUAUGGAUAGGUACUGUGGGUCCUUGGGUCAACGGAGUACUUAGCCCGGACGAAGGAGUCUUUUACAAAGUUACCAAAGAGAAUUUGGAAAAUCCUUCUGUUGAAAUAGCUCCGGUUAAUAAUAGUAAUGGCUUAGCUUGGAAUGCAGCCAAUGAUCAGCUGUUUUAUAUCGAUACUAAUAGUAAUCAGGUUGCCGGCUAUGAUUUUGAUUUGGAAAAAUGUUCAAUUUCAAACCAUCGUGUAGUGUUUGAUUUAAAAUAUCAUCCAGAACUCGCUGGUAGUCCUGAUGGAAUGGCUAUCGAUGAAAAUGAUAACUUGUGGGUCGCCCUUUAUGGUGGAGGUUGUGUAAUUCAAGUCAAUCCAACUAGCGGAGAACUUUUACAGACAAUAGCUAUCCCAGCAAGAGAUGUUUCAUCAGUAAUGUGGGGUGGUCCUAACUUAGACAUUCUAUUUGUGACUACUUCUAGAAUAUCAUUGAGUGAAGAAGAAAAAUUGAAAUCACCAGCUGCUGGAAGUGUUUUUGCUGUAACCAACCUUAAAACUAAAGGAAUACCUGUUUUUAAUGCUGAUAUUAUAUGAAAUAAACUAUAGGUACAAAUAAUUAUUUAAAACAAAAUAUAAACUAUAUUACAUUACUUAUAAAUAACAUAAGAGAUCUUUGAUCGAUGCUCCAAAAAAAAAUGGCACACAUUUUUGUUCAAACUUCUGUAGAUUUCCAAUCAUUCACAUAAUUAUUGGCACUAUUUUUACUAGUACUAUUUACAAGGUCUUUGUACUGAGGCAACUUGACGUAAUUAUCUGGCACUUCUGGACUAGUCAUUUGAAGAUAAGUAGGAUUCGAAAUGCUAUUCGAUGGCGUUAUUGGAGUCAAGUAACCAGUUUCACUAUCCGAUGAUUCGUUAUUUGAAUUCAGCAUGGGUCUCAACUCUUGACCUAAAAUGUUGUCACCUAUAUAAAAACCAUAAUAUAGCAAAAUCAACAACAUUACCGGUUUUUAAAUCCUUAUUGCUUCUUUGAAAAUUGAAAACAUUUUCAGCAUUAUUUUUAUUAUUUGCCCCCAUAAAAAUGUAAGGUUUUGGAGAUUCAAAAAUUUCUGCGUUAACGUAAUGAGGCGCAGGAGUGGAAAGCACAUCAAAAGACGGAGGGCUUAACAUGCCUAAAUAAUCAUUUUCCACAUUAUCAAUGUUCAUUUUUCUAAAAGGGUCAUUCAAAUCAACAUAAUGCUUUCGUACACUGUCUUCUAAAUGGGCCCCAAUAGUUUCGGCUAACUUCGUAAAAGAUGGCCUGGAUAAUGGCUUUAUGUUCCAACAAUCUAACAUAAUUUUGUACAUUUCUGAUGGCGCGUAAAUAGGAGAUUCCAUUCUGAAUCCUUCGACGAGUUUAUGGUAUAAGCGUUCGUCGACUUCCAUGCCUGGAUAUGGGGUUCUAGCUAAAGAGAAAAAUUCCCAUAGGACUAUGCCGUAGGACCAUACGUCGGAUUGUGUGGAGAAUACUCGGUCUCUUAUGGAUUCUAUUGCCAUCCAUUUUACUGGCAAAGGAUUCUGGAAAAAAAAAUUAAUUUGUAUUACUCU